AUGUGGUUUAAACCACAACAAAACUCCAACGACAACAACAUCAUCAUUGAUCAAUACAACCAAUUCAAUUGUAGUACUGGUACUACUUGUAAUACUACUGGUACAGCGAAUACCAAUACUAUUACCUCUGUUACAACUAUAACAAAAAAGAAAUGGAAAUCAUGGAAACAAUCAAUUCAUUGGCCAUUAAUUAUAGCCACUUUAAUAAUUGCAUUCCUUGUAUUGGUAGUCGGAGUCUGUUAUUAUCAUAACUUUAAUAAUAGACGUAGUCUGACAACAAGUAACAACAACAACAACAAGAACAACAAUAUUGUUGAUAUUGGUAAUCUUCAAAGAAUUCCAUUGUCAACAUCAUCAGAACUACCACCAAAACAUGAAGAAACUUGUGACCCGUCACUUGGAUGCAAAGAAGAUGCCAACAAAUUGGUUCUAGUAUUCUUGGCAAUAUUUUUCGUAUCGAUUAUUGUGUUUUAUAUCAUGGCAACGGUUAAAAUUCACUAUAUACCAGAGACAACCAUGAUCAUCAUCUAUGGAGCCAUUAUUGGAGUUAUUGGUCGAUUCAUCAAUGUACCAGUCAUCAAACAUGUUACAACUUACAGUUCAGAAAUGUUCUUUUUAUUUGUACUACCUGGUAUUAUUUUUGAAACUGGUUUUACAUUACAAAGAAAACAUUUCUUCAAGAAUAUCUUACCAAUUACUUUAUUAGCUACAUUGGGAACAUUUAUAGCAUUCUUUGGCGUUGCAAUUGGAUUAUACCUUACUGGUAAAAUUGGCAUUUCAUUAGAAUUACCAUUAUUCGAAUCUUUCUUAUUAUCAAGUAUUACAUGUGCAACAGAUCCAGUUGCAACUUUGGGUAUUUUCAAUGCAUUGGAUGUUGAUCCUAAACUUUUUAUUAUUGUUUUGGGUGAAAGUAUAUUCAAUGAUGCAGCAUCACUUAUUUUGUUCAAGGCAGUGGCAGGGUACAGCGGACCAAAUGACAUUUGGAUAAGUACAUUGAUGUUUUUGGGUGUGACAGUGGGUAGCAUCGCUCUGGGUAUAGUCAUUGCAUUGUUGGCUUCGAUUCUUCUCAAGAUGCUCAACCUCAACCAAUACCCAACACAAGAGACACUCAUUGUUUUGAUCUUCUCCUAUGCAUCCUAUUCACUUGGUGAUGCGCUACACCUCUCUGGCAUCUUGUCGACGUUUGUGUGUGGUAUGACCUUUAGCCACUAUGGUGUACACAAUCUCACGUCUGAUGGACAGAUGGUGAUACAACAGUUUCUGCGUCUACUGGCAUUUGCCUUUGAGACAAUCACCUUUAUCUAUAUCGGCAUUACACUCUCCAUGUACAACUACACAUCUAACGGGUUCUCGGUGACCCUGUUUGUGUGGCUGGCCGUCUUUUCAAUUCUAUUUCGAGCUGCGUCGGUCUUUCCCAUCAUCGGACUGCUCAACCGACUCGGGCUCAGCGACAUUAGCAUGCCUAUCCAGCUCAUCAUCGCAUUGUCUGGGCUGCGUGGUGCAGUGUCGUUCUCUCUUGUCCUGUCUGGCACAUUCACGUCAGACUAUGCCCCCUACAUCAAGGAACACGUGCUCCUCCUCGUCUACUUUACCAUCUUUGUUUUUGGUGGAUCAACCUAUCCAUCUCUUAAAGCUCUUCACCUUGAUAAAACUCAAUUUGAAUCAAAUGAUUCAAACCGUUCAAAUAGAUAUGUUUCCUAUUUCAACUAUUUGGAUCAAAAAUAUUUCAUUCGAUGGUUGACCAAGAAUUAUCAAAUCCAUCCACAGAAACACUCUGAUGUUGACAAUGAUAGUAAUCCCCCUACCAAUAAUAAUAGUAACAAUAUUGGUGAAAAGAGCGAGACUGAUUCAUCAGCAUCCUAUGUCGAUCUUAUUGAUGAUAAUGUUGAAAUGAUUUUCAUAAACUCGGGUGGACAAUUUAUUAUUAAAUUGAAUCUACUUUCAAAACAUGAAAAAUAUUUCCUAUUUUGGAACUAUAAUUAUUAG